AUGAGAAACCCUAGUACCUCAAACAGAGUUACGGAGAAUGGUGUCCGGCUCGGGAAUCUGCGCGCGGGCCGUCUGGCGUCUAUCUUGGCGAAGGAACUCCUCGACGGCCAGAAAGUGGUGGUGGUACGCUGCGAAGAGAUUGCCCUCUCCGGUGGCCUCGUUCGCCAGAAAAUGAAGUACCUCCGCUUCCUCCGCAAGCGUAUGAAUACGAAGCCCUCUCAUGGUCCUAUUCACUUUCGCGCUCCUGCUAAAAUCCUCUGGCGCACCAUUCGAGGACGAAGAGAGGGGGCAGCGGCGCUGGCGAGGUUGAAGGCGUACGACGGUGUUCCACCUCCAUACGAUAAGAUGAAGAGGAUGGUCAUUCCCGAUGCUCCCAAGGUUUUGAGGCUUCAGGCUGGGCACAAGUACUGUUUGUUGGGGCGGCUGUCGAGCGAGGUUGGGUGGAACCACUAUGACACCAUUAAGGAGCUAGAAAAUAAGAGGAAAGAGAGGGCCCAGGUGGCAUAUGAUAGGAAGAAGCAGCUGACUAGACUAAGAGUCAAGGCUGAGAAGACCGCAGAGGAGAAACUUGGCUCCCAGCUAGAUAUCCUUGCUCCUGUGAAGUUUUGAAUUUUCUGGACAUAAUUGCUGAGAUUUUUUUGGAGCUUGAUUCUUACAAGGUACAUUAUGUAUACUGCGUCUUUGAUUGAUGUUGGGAGCCAAAGCAUCAAGAUUAUGAAAAAACUUUCUAGGGUUGGACUUUGUAUUGUAUGUACACGUUGAGAACUUCCUUGAGUUUGGUUACAACAGUCAACGUGUUAUCUGUAAUAUUAUGAUCAUGCGCUUCAUCCAUUUAUCUUGAAAGGCUUCUGAGGG